UUGUUGGGCGGGGCUGGAGAGGACCCAGCAGUCAUGGUACAUAUUGGCACCAAUGACAAAGUAAGAGGUAGGUGGAGUGUCCUUAAAAAUGAUUUCAGGGACUUAGGCCGCAAGCUUAAGGCAAGGACCUCCAAGGUAGUCUUUUCUGAAAUACUACCAGUACCACAAGCCGCACCAGAGAGGCAGCGGGAGAUCAGGGAGGUAAACAAGUGGCUCAGAAGCUGGUGUAGGAAGGAAGGGUUUGGGUUCAUGGAGAACUGGGCUGACUUCGCUGUCGGUUACCGGCUCUACCGUAGGGACGGGCUGCACCUCAAUGGGGAGGGUGCAGCUUUGCUUGGGGAGAAGAUGGCUAGAAGGGUGGAGGAGUGUUUAAACUAGGGACUUGGGGGGAGGGAACCUACAGCAAAGAGGGGGAAGAUAGUGUAGAUAGAGAGGUGGGAAUUAUAAAUGUACCUGGGGGUGGAGCGGAGGGAGGGGUUAGAAUAGUUAAUAGGAAUAGGCUUCAUAGGAAAAUAAAACUUACACCCUUGAAUCCCAUUAACCCCAAUAACAUAAAGGAUGGAAAUGUAAAGUGUAUGUUCACAAAUGCCAGAAGCCGAGCAAAUAAAAUGGGGGAGCUUGAGGCCUUGAUACUGGAGGAACAUAUUGAUAUAGUUGGGGUCACUGAGACAUGGCUGGACUCCUCGCAUGACUGGGCUGUCAAUCUGCAGGGGUUUACAUUGUUUCGCAAGGACAGAACGAACAGAAAAGGUGGUGGAGUCUGUCUGUAUGUAAGAAGUGGUAUGAAAGUCAGUGUGAACGAUGCCAUAGUGUGUGAUGAUUCUGAGGAUGUGGAAUCAUUGUGGGUAGAAUUACAAAAGGAGGGAAAUACUGAAAAAAUAAUAUUUGGGGUAAUCUACAGACCCCCUAAUAUCACUGAAGAGAUAGAAGUUCGGCUUCAUAAACAAAUAGAGAGGGCCGCCCGGGCAGGUACAGUGGUAAUAAUGGGAGAUUUUAACUAUCCAGAUAUAGAUUGGGGUCCGGGGUUGGCUAAAACUACAAAGGGGCGACAAUUCCUAAAUUUAUUGCAGGAUAAUUUUAUGGGCCAGUUUGUGGAGGACCCAACAAGAAGUGAUGCCUUGUUGGAUCUGAUCAUUUCCAACAACGCAGAGCUGGUUGGUAAUGUAACUGUGCGGGAAAACCUUGGUAAUAGCGACCACAAUAUAGUUACUUUUGACUUAAAAUGUAGAAAACAAAGACAGGCGGGGAAGGCAAAAACAUAUAACUUUAAAAAGGCAAAUUUCCCUGGGCUGAGGGCUGCACUACAGGACAUAGACUGGGGGGAGGGGUUCUCAAAUACUGAUACAGAAGGUAAAUGGGACAUCUUUAAAUUAACUCUAAAUAACUAUACAGCUAAAUAUAUACCAAAGGGGAACAAAUAUAAACGAUUGAAACUAAAUCCUACAUGGCUGACACAUGAUGUUAAAAGAGCAAUAAACAGCAAAAAAAUAGCCUUCAAAAAAUACAAAUCUGAUGGGUCAGCGAUAACAUUUAAACAGUACAAGGAGCUUAAUAAAAUCUGUAAAAAUGUAAUAAAAACAGCAAAAAUUCUAAAUGAGAGACAGGUGGCCAAAGAAAGCAAAACUAAUCCUAAAUAUUUUUUUAGAUAUAUAAAUGCAAAAAAACCAAGGACAGAGCAUGUAGGACCCCUUAAUAAUGAUAAUGGGGAGGUUGUCACAGGCGAUCAAGAGAAGGCGGAGCUACUGAAUGGGUUCUUUAGUUCUGUAUACACUAUGGAAGAAGGAGCUGACAUUGGCCAGGUCAGUGCUGGUAACACAUCAUGUACAGGUCAGUGCUGGUAACACAUCAUGUAAUGUACUGAACUGGCUUAAUGUAGAGAUGGUACAAGGUAAGUUAAGUGAUAUAAAUGUAAGCAAAUCCCCAGGACCGGAUGGACUACACCCAAGAGUUCUUAGAGAGGUAAGUUCAGUAAUAUCUGUACCCCUGUUCAUGAUAUUU